GGAAGUACGCAGAUACCAGACCUUCCCAUCAGGACUGAGGAGGUCUCUGGAAGACAGAACAGUGAGGGAUGUCUUCUUUGAGUGCCGACCAACACAAAAUAAAUGGGAUCAAGUCAUGAUCCCACCAGCUCCCAGAAGAGGGAGCCAGAAGGAGAGAAAUGGUGGAGAACUAAAUUGUGGCUGUCCUCCGAGAAGCUGCAGCCACUGCUGAGACUGCCUGAUUCUUGUUCAUUGCAGCAUCGAACUAAAGGAUUCUCAAACUACUCACCAUGUCUCCAACUACAGAAUGGACUCUCUUCGUUCUUUUCAUUCCACUUUUUGCUUUAAGCUCCACAGUGAAAGCUGAACGUCCGCUGAGGCCAAAAAAUGUGAAGCUGAUGCCUGAUGAAAAAGGUCUAAGGGUCACAUGGGAGCUUCCAAGAGAUUCUCAGUCAAGGCCUGUGGAACACUACAAUAUUGGUUAUGGGAAAUCUAUGAAGACUCUGCGGUAUAUUAAAGUGGGUAAAAACACUCAAUCCCAAGUACUUGAGGAUGUAGAGCCUGGUGUUUUGCACUUUUUGAAGAUGACUGCUGAGAACAGUGAUGGAGUGAGCCAGCCAGUGUACAAAGCAGAAACACCUCCAGAAACCAAGGUUCCUGGAAGGCCAUUACAAGUGAAGGGACACACAUCUGAAGACAGUGUGUCUGUGCAGUGGAAGCCUCCUCAUUCGUCAGGCCCAGAUAACCCAGGGAGAGUGAGAUCAUAUGUUCUGGGUGUUGGAGAGGACAAUAAAAGAAUGCAUUAUACAUCCUUACAGGACGAUCAAACAACUCAUGAAACUAGAAGGCUUGCUUCUGAGUCGGUGUAUGUGGUAUCACUGCAGGCACAGAAUGCACUCGGGCAGAGCUCACCUGUAUAUAGGCCGGUCAUGACCAAAAAAAAAGCUUCAGAUUCUGAGGAAUUGCCUGAAGCAAAGGACAUCACUGUUCGGAUCAUAUCCCCUCAGUCAGUUCUUGUAACCUGGAUUGAUCCUGCCUUUGAAAAACAAAAGGACGUUGUAAGUGCUUCAUCAAGACACUACACAGUUCGGUACAGAGAGAAGGGAGAAUCAGCCAGGUGGGAUUACAAAGAGAGCACGCAGAGACGAGCCCUGAUAGAGAAUCUGAUAGCAGACACAAUGUACGAGUUUUCUGUUAGAAUUUCAAAGCGAGAGAGGAAUGGCAAAUGGAGUGUUUCAGUUUUUCAAAGGACUCCUGAAUCUGCCCCCACAAGUGCACCUGAAAACUUUUAUGUUGAGCCCUUGAAGGGAAAAGGUACUGCUGCAACUGCAUCUUGGGAUCCACCCCAGGAAACAAAUGGAAGAAUAAGAGAAUACAUUCUUUCAUACGCCCCCGCUCUCAAACCCUUUGGAACAAAGUCCAUUACCUAUCCUGGAACCACCUCCUCUGCCAUAAUCGAUGGUCUGCAGCCUGGUGACCGCUACAUUUUCAAAAUUCGCGCAGCAAACAGGAGAGGACAAGGUCCUCAGAGCAAAGCCUUCAGUGUCGCUAUGCCAACAACUAGCACUAUUGGUUCAUCAUCAUCUCAACACUCCAAAGUCCCAGAUGGUCGUAAGAAGAGUACGUUCAGGACAUCUUCAAAUCCUGCUUCAUCUUCAAAAGUACCUUGGUCCCAUUCUACAUCUAAGCUGCCAGAAACUGGUUCUCGAUUCACAGAAGAACCUGAGGAACCUGAUUCAUAUACGCCUGUGAAAGCUUCUUCUCCCAAACCUGGAACAUCCCAUUCUUCUCAAAACAAAGACAAUGAAACUAAGGAUUUAAUUGGACAAGGACCUCAUUCAGAUUCAGAUGAGAAUUUAGAGGAAGAGGUGGAUGAACAUUUUGAAGAGAAACGUGUUCAGCACACAAAACAAAACAAUGCAGCAACAACCAGUGAUGAUUCCUCAUCAGAAAGUUCUUUUAAAUCAGAUAAAAUUUCCCCUGGAUCAGUGUCCAAAACACGACCACAGAGGCCCAUCUCUCCCACAAAUACAGGUACAAACAAAAUGAGAAGGCCAGCUACCUUGCCCAAAGCAAUCUCCCCCUCGAAAAUUUCUAAAGAGAAAGAGGACCCCCCCUCCACUAAGUCCAAUGCUCAGGAAUCUGAUUUUACAAGAAAGAUCCACACUGAUAGCUCUUAUCCCAACAGAAGGGAACCAGAUGACCAUGAUAAAGAAAAAGUACCGUCAUUCCCUUCUUCCAAAAAUUUUUUUUCUAAAAAACCUUUAAAUUCUUCUGUGUUGUUUCCAAAGGGAGGACGUGUAGCUGUUCCAGCUAAUCGUCAAAUGGGUUCUGGUUUCAUUAAUGGCCGAAGACCAGUGGGAAGCCAAUCUAGGCCUAGUUACACAGAGUCUAGAGGCUCUGCCCAGCCCGAAACUACUCCAGAACAAAUAGGAUCUAGCAGGAUUUUAAACAGUCGGUUAAAACCUGAUCUUUCUUCAACCGUGUCUCAAUCUACCUUGUCAACAGGCGCACAAAAUCCUCAAAGCCGUUCAUCACAUAGUCAGCACUUGACAAAACCACAAGACAAUUAUCAAGAUAAUGAAAGCACUGAGACUGAAACAGAAGAGAAAAAAUCAGCUUCCUCCUUGUCAUAUUCUACUCCUUCACCUGAUUAUGAUAGGGGUGCCCAGACUUCACGUCUGGGCACCAAAGAAUUUGUUACUUCAAAUGACAAGCAUAGCUCAUCCCCAUCAACAGGAACUCAUACUGAAGCCAAAAUAUUAACUUCAGAACGUACUCGUUCACCUUCAUUGUCUAGUAAUAGGUUCAGUGUGCUACGCAGGCAUUUCCCUAAACAGGAAACAAAAUUGAAUACAUCUUCUGGGCAACGUAGAGUUCCAUCAUCCUCAACAAGGUCCCAGACAUCAGAAUCAAAUGUGGCACACACAGAUUCAGGUGCUUCCGUUACACAAGAAACAAAUGAAAAGCCAAAAGUCCCCAUUUCUUUUCCAUCAGAGCAUGCUUCUACCGGUUCCUCAAAAAGACAUCCUGCAGUUAUAAGUGAGUCUUCAAAUCCUGUUAUCCCUUCAGAUUCCAGUUCCUCACCUCCAUCCCAGGGACAUUUAGAUUCUGAUAAUCCCAUCCAUCCAAAAUCUAAGGACGAAGAUGAUGAUUAUGAUUAUUACGGAAGCAAAGAACUAUAUGAUACAACUGACAAACUAGUUUCAACGACAGCAGAACCCCAAGUAACUACCUCAUUUUUAAGAAAACCUCAAAAACCAAAUCCACGUUUUGGAAAAGCACACUUACCUUUUGUCCAGUCAGUUCCCCAGCGGCCUGCUGGAGGUUUCAAUGGGAAAUCAAGGUCUCCCAUGUUUAUAAACCGCCAGUCUGGCUCCAGGGAUUCUGAAAGUUUGCUUCCUUCAGAUUACUCAAAGCUGCCUUAUGUAACCUCCAGCCAUACGUCUAGUGAAAGACAGCACACAGCUUCUUCUUCAGUACCAAGAACCUCUUCAUCCCAGUCAUCUUCUGCAUCACUACCGCAUUUACCACCGAUUCGGGAACCUAAUCAAGGUACAAGGGUACGGUAUCCUGGCCGCAUGGAUGUUGCCACACGGGUAAAAACUCCCUCCAGUGCUUUGAAACCUAGCUACACACAAGGGAAAAAUGGCAGACCAAAUCUCACAAACACAAAUGGGAAAGUUGUGUCCACUUCAGAUGCUAAAGUCAAGCAAGGAGGUCGUAGGUUAAUCACUGGACCAGAAGGUGUUAAAUGGAUAGUGGACUUUGACAAAGGAUUUUUAAUGAACCAAGAGGGAAGAAUUCUGCAGGACUCAAAGGGCCGUCCUCGUAGAGUGGUACUUGGAGAAGACGGACGCACAAUUUUUGAUGAUCAAGGAACUCCACUGGUGAGUCCUGAUGGGCUUGCUCUCUUUGGACAUGGGAGGGACAGCAGACCAGUGGUCAAUCCUAAAGAUAAGCUGCUAGCAGUAGGAGGAAAACCAUUAGUAGGUUUGGACCCUAUAAAACCAACACAGAAAAUGACUACAACUACAACCACAACUACAACAACCACUACUACUGCUGCAACAACUACAACCACUCCUGAACCAACAACUAUUCCAACCACCACUGAGAUGACCACAGAGGAGUCUACGACACCAUUCAUUUUCCCCACUUGCCCACCUGGGACCUAUUCCCAGGUAGAUGAGAGAGGAUAUCCAUUGCUUGGAGAAGAUGGCAUACUUGAUUGCUACCCUGAAGAAUUUCAGUUUGUUCAGACAACUCUAUCUCCAACUACAACUCCAACAACACCUACUACAAGGGAAUCACCAGAAGCUACUACAACAGAAACUGAGGAAGUAUACACAGAAGCUAUGCACUUCAACAACGGUCCUACUUCAGGGUUUGAUGCAGCUGGAAACCCUCGAUUUACAGCCCCAUAUGUUAACUACAUCCAGAAAGACCCUGGGGCACCCUGCUCGUUAACAGAGGCCCUGGAGUACCUGCAGGUGGACGUUCUGGAAAACCUCUUUGAGAAAGACAGACAAAGCACCCAUCAGCCACCUAAGAGCAAGCCUCACAAUAUCACUGUGGUGGCCAUGGAGGGCUGCCACUCUUUCGUCAUCUUGGACUGGGCUCGCCCUCUGAAAGAUGACAUGGUGUCAGGAUAUAUGGUACACAGCGCUUCCUACGAUGAUGUUUUAAAUAACCGAUGGUCAUCCAGUUCAGCAAAUGGUACCCAUUUACCCGUAGAGAACCUGAAGCCAAACUCAAGGUAUUACUUCAAAGUCCAGGCAAAGAACAUAUUUGGUCUUGGUCCUCUCAGUGAAACAUUUACAUAUGAAACAGAAUCAGAUGAUCCAUUGCUCAUAGAGAGACCUCCUGGUGGAGAGCCUAUUUGGAUUCCUUUCUCCUUCAAGUACAACCCAGCACAGAGCACCUGCAAGGGUAGUCAAUAUGUGAAGCGUACCUGGUACAGAAAGUUUGUUGGCGUUGUGCUUUGCAACUCACUCCGGUACAAAAUCUUUAUGGGAGAAGGACUGAAAGAAACUUUCUACAGUAUUGGAGAUACAUACGGCCAUGGUGAAGAUCACUGUCAAUUUGUAGACUCCCAUAUGGAGGGAAGGACAGGGCCUCACUACCUAUCAACCUAUCUGCCAACUGUGCAAGGUUUCUUCCGUGCUUAUCGCCAGGAGCCAGUGCAGUUUGGACUCAUCGGCCGUCGCACAUCUCAUCCCUUUGUGGGCUGGUAUGAGUGUGGUGUACCUAUUCCAGGAAAAUGGUAACAAUGACCCAAUAAAGAAACUUUAAUCUAAAAGUACAUGGCCCAAACUUACUGUGGCCUUUCUUCACAAAAGAGAAAUAAACUUUACGAAAUGGCAAAGUUACACACAUGCUGCUUUAAAAUGAAGACAAUAAAACGUAAUAAUAGUCCCGUAUUAAUAAUUCAUGCACUUUUGAAGCAGUGUUUGUGAGAAUAAAGCUUGUGUGUUGGAAUUGAUUUUUCUUCACUCCUAAAAACCUUAUCCCAAUGGCUAAAUGUAAUACAAAAAUGAGCAAUUGCGUAAAAAUACAAGUAACAACAUUUUGCAUAAACACUUAGCAAAGACAAAAUAUAGCAAAGACAAAAUAUUACAUCUUUUACUUUAUAAAAGAUUGCAAAGUACUAAGUUAUUAAUGAAAAUGAACACAACAUUGUGUUGUAUAAAAAGGUCCAUGUUAAUAUUAGUUUUGUUUUAUAUAUAUAUCAUUGAUUAUGUCUCAAAAAACAGUUUACACAGUAUGGCUGCAUAAUAAAACAUUCCUGAAAACGAAAUGUUUGCUACUGUUACUUUAAUUAUAUACAUUUUCUCUUCAAAGAUUCUCGCCUUUUCCGAAUCUUUGUACCCCAUAAAAUAUUGGGCUGGGGGUUAUUUUUUAUUUUCAGUAUGAGGUCAGGGAAACAAUGAGAAUUACGUUGCUCAGGAAUGAAAGAAAAUUGUUAAAUGGUGCUAUGGAAACCACUAAACAGAAAACAUUUACCCUGACACUUUUUUUCUUUGUUGUUGCUCUCGCUCUUUUUUAAAAUCAACAAAAUCGCUUUUAAAAUUUAAAGUCCUCUAGCUUCAACAAAUCACACCUGACUUCUAAUAGUGUUUAUGUUAUAAAAUAUGUUAUUUAUUCUUACUGUAUUCAACUACAUAUAACAGCAUAAUUGUUGUUGGACUUAUAUUUUCUCUGUCCAUCCAUCUAUCACAAAACCUGUGGAUGUUUCAAAUUGGUGACAAUACUCUGGUGUUCAAGUCAAGUAUUUUAUCAAGAUCCAUGGUGUUGUAAUUUGCACUAAAAUGCAUGAGCUGAUAGACACUGCAAUGAAAGCAAAGGACCUAUUGAUGUCUGUGCAGUUCACAAAUUCCAGACACAUAUGUAUAAAGGACUGGCAAGUCUGUAUAUGAGAUAUGUACUUUGGUUAGUGUAUAAAUUGUAUUAUGAUUUUUUUCUCCCAAUGCCUGUUUUUCUUUCUGAUGUAAUUUAGAUGAUUUCAUUCUUCCUCGGCUAACAAAACAGGACUUUUCAACCUUUUUCUGAGCUCUGAAUCAUAAGGUUGGAAAACGUAGCUUUUUAUAUUUUUUUCAUCAUUUUGUAAGAAUAAAUGCAUUUGAAAUGUAA